GGCUUAAACUCACUAUCGGCGAUUCUCUAUCGACUACAACAGCUGUUCUUUCUUUAAUUUUCCCGCCAUACGGUUAAUAUAAACAUUGGACAUUCGCUCAUUUUAGUCGAGCAGGUACAGCCGCGUGCCGACUGGCUAUGCUUUCUGCUCCCGGCUUCACUUGCUAGCGUUCAUAAUCUUCGAGGUGUCGCCAAGUGAGAUAGUGUGCACUGUAGAAAGCUUGACCACUGACACUGAGUGUUCCCUCCAAAUAAAGGCCGCUUCAUUAUUAUGCUUCUGCGUAGGUUCGAGAAUCGAUCCUGUCAUCAUCAUGUACAAGCUGAAAAGAUCAACAACUUUACAAAAAAUAGCCGACCUUAAGGAAUACUUGUGGAAGAAAACAAAGAACCUGUGAGCCAAAAGCAGUUUGCUGCACAAAUCUCAUGGCUGCAACUACAGCAGGUCCUAAAAAAGGCGAAAACUCGUUGCUGGCCUCGUCUCGAACGAGUAAACCUCGAGCAACAGCAGCUAAAAUAGGGGGUCGCGGUAAGAAAAGGAAUGAAGUGAAAAGUGACGGCGAAGUCGUGAUCACUCCGGAAAUAAAUGGGCGAAAUGCAAAGAGACGUGAAGGCUCUCCAAAGACAGAAAGUCCACCAAAAAAAGCUCGUCAUCAAUCAAAAUGGGUUGCCCCAGAAAAAGAAGAGAAGUCAGUGCAGUCAGGCGAAAAACCCACAAAUCGGGUACCCCGAACUCGGGAUACAACUGAAGGCGAGCUCCCCAUUCGAAAUAAGAAUGCAAACAAAAAGUUAUCGCAAGAAGAACCCGGCAAGCCCGGUAGUGCAGACAAGUCGAAAACGACCAAAAAAAAGAACACGGCCGCAUUGUACGCUCCUUCUGAACUCCCUACUACAUCAAAAAAGCGACAGCUACGUCAACGUAAGGAGUCACAGGAGUACACUUCAGAUGGCAGCCUACCUGACGACUUCGACGAAGACUAUGCUUUCCGUGAAAAGAAACGACUAAAACACUCUCACGAGAAAGAGCUUGGCAGAUUGAAGUCAGAGGCGUUUGGUUCUAGUGCCGAAGCAGACCCGAAAAUAAAAAAAAAGCAAGGAUCUAAACAGUCUAAAAAAUCUUCCCAGCUCAAAAAGGUUUUUACGAAGCCUCGAAGGCCAAAUCAAUAUAAAGAGAUUGCGCUUGUCAGUAAUGUUACAAAAAACGCAUCGCCUGGCCCAUUUGGAGUAGCCUCACUGGAGCACGAACAACGUCUUCUGCAUCUCGCUCGCCAAAUGGAUGGAAGUGAAGAUGAUCUGUAUGAAUCCGCUCAUGGUCAGAAGAUCCCACAAAUGUCGGACCCAUCUAAGAUAUGUACCGAAGACACGAAAAGCGAGGAAGCUCACCGUGCUCUUAUUAUGAGAAUGCUUAAGGAACAUGAAGAAGUUGCUGAAAUGAGCGAUACUAGUGAUGACGACGAUGAACAUACCAACGCUGGGGUAAAGCUGAACAAAGUGUUUUCUAAAAGCGACAAGGCAAAAUUAUUAUCUUCGGUUGCGGGAAACUCUAAAGAGAAGAAUGGGUUGGGCAGUGAGCCAAGCGGUAAGCUUAAGCACAGGAAACCGCCUGACAAAAAGUCCGCGACAAAAAAGAAAAAACAACAGCCAAGGACUCAAGCAAAUGAUCAUGAGUCUUCAUCGUGCGAUGAGGAAGAUGAAGGCGAUUGGGAAGUUGUAGACAAUGCCUCUGCUCGAGAUCCAAACUACCAACGUCCAGACAACGUGACAGUUAUCCUAAAAAACGAUGAUUUCAUUCCAGAUGCCAAGCGGCUUGACAUGGAACAAAGAAUGAUGCGGCUUAUUAACCGCCGACGCAAAGUGGUUCAAAAUCUUGGUCACAACACUCACUUGCUUUGCUUAUUAGCAUAUCAGAGGUAUAUCAAUUCCAUUAUUCAAGAUGAUACAUUGAGAGCCUUGGCUCUAUCCCGUAUGCCAGCAGACCUUGUUCUGCAAUCACCACUACCAGCUAGUGGAGCUGACAGCCACUUUGUGAAGAGUCUCUUGCUAUUCUGUAGCAGAGCAUUUGAGCUAACAGAACCUACCGGUGAUGGAGAAUCGUUCUCGAUCAAAUCGCUUAAGGAAAAAUUGCGUGUCUUAAUCAUGAACCGAAUGACUAGCUGCAAUGUCGUGUAUCUUCUUGGAAUUGUCUUGAUAAUGCGAUCCAUGGGCGUCCCUACACGUUUGUGUUUUUCGCACCGGCCCAUGACACAUAAGCCUGCACUCCUCAGGAGAAAGAAUGGAGAAAUAGCUGAAUUUACAUCAAAGACGGAUUUACUCGGAGAACCCUUAGGUGUACUGGAUUAUUUUGCAGAGGUGUACGUUGGUGACCGACGAUGUUGGAGACCGAUGGAUACUGAGGAGCACCGGAUCAUAGAGGAUCCUCAAGAAAUGGGAGCUCAUUUAGAUCAGCCUGUACUCUAUGUUGUUAGUAUCGACGCCAAAAAUGCCAUGAUGGACCUAACACCUAAAUACCACAACAACUGGCUAAGUAAAGGAGCUAAAUUGCGGCCUAAAAGUGCCUUUUUGGAGAAGACGCUGGCAUAUUACGCACCUGCAGAUGAUACAGAAGAUCACAUCGAGGAGCAAAAAGAGGUCGCGAACCUUCAAGAAAAGCGGGGUCUACCCAAAUUUAUUUCCGAGUACAAAAACCAUCCUAAAUACGUUCUUGCAAGGCAUCUACUCAAAUUUGAAGCCAUAUAUCCGCGUGACGCUGAAAUACUUGGCUAUGUAAAUAAGGAACCUGUCUACCGUCGCGAGUGUGUUAAACUGCUUCGGUCAAAGGAUACGUGGCAUCGCCAUGGGCGACAAGUAAAAGAAGGAGAAAUAGCCUAUAACGUGGUAAAAGCUCGGCCCAAAUGGGAUCGACGAAACGAAGUUAUGAUUAAAGAUUUGCCACUCGAGGUAUUCGGUGAAUGGCAAACGGAACCGUACACGCCCCCGGUCGCUAAAGAUGGCAAGGUACCACGUAAUGCGUUUGGUAACGUAGAGUUGUUCCAUGAUGACAUGUUGCCUGUGGGUACUGUACACUUGAAGCUACCUGGCUUAAAUAGAAUCGCUGACGAACUCGGUAUCGACUGCGUGCCAGCAGUUGUUGGCUUUGAAGGCGUAGCCCGUGGCUGCCAUCCUGUUAUUGAAGGGUUCGUUGUUUGCGUGGAGCAUCAGGAGAUUUUAGAAGCCGCGUGGUACGAAAGACAAACCGAGGACAGACGGAAACGUCGCGAACGAAUCCGUAAAAGAGCCCUAAAAAACUGGAGGAAAAUUAUCCAAAAAGUAAUAUGGGACAGUCGGCUCAAAAAAAAAUACAGUGGUAAUCUAUAAACCAUAAUAUUAUGUACGUCCUUAUGUGGAAAGAAAAGGUGGAUGGAUUGAAACAGCAAAUUAAUUUACCGCACAAAAAGGAAUGUAAUUUAAUCAGUAAGAUCGACUUUGUUUCCUAUGAAAUGAGCGCAAUAUUUGGUCACGCCCUUCACAGGAGACUGUGGCAUUAUUAUAGGUUGUAAAACCUUUUAGACUGACACAUAGCCAGCUUGCAAUCAAAUCGAAACAUUACAUGAAAUUGCUUUGUACAUUUUAGGAAUAUUACGAACAUGAGGAAUUGAAAAGUAUCUAACAUAUGGUACUUAAAAGUUAAUGUGUGCAAACAUAUUUUAGGUGUCCGCCAUAUAAAUUGGCCGGGAUCUGCAUUUUUCUGCUUAUGUCGAUCGCAGAUUUUCUAUAUGAAGCUAUACACAACGAUUGUAAUAUGCAGACAGUGUAUAACCUUAUUACCGUUGUCUUUGUAAAAUACGGUCAGUCAGAUGUAAGAAACAGCUGCUUGCUCAAGUUAAUCAUUACGAACGAUUCCAAAAUUAAAUUAUGGUUAUUUAAACAGUCAGAUAUGUAGCAAGAAACAGCUGCUUGCUCAAGUUAAUCAUUACGAACGAUUCCAAAAUUAAAUUAUGGUUAUUUAAACAGUCAGAUAUGUAGCUCGUGAAAUUGACUUUCGACAAAAAUGAGCAAUACAGUCAUCCUUGGAGAUCCAGGACCUAUACGAUUAAGGUUUGAGAUACAUAAAGCCUGGUAACCUCUUUAAAGUGUUUAAAGAAAUAUAAUUUGUCAGUGGUGACGAUCGGAGCAGUGUUUGGUCGCAUACUGUUUUCCUAGAAUGAAACUUAAGUUAUAUUAUUUUUUCUGAAGACAGAAAUGAGGAGAAGAUAAAUUUUUGCCUGGCGCAGUCGAGAUAAUGUUCUCAAUGAAAUGAGACGAUGACCAGAUAUCAACAACUGGUUAUUUUAGGUAUUUUCUAUUCUAAGUCAAAACAACAUUCUAUUUCUGUUCUAAACAAAGUCUAAGAAUAUAUGUACUGUAGGUUCACGGUGGGCGCAAACUGUCAACUAUUAUAAUCAGCAGGCAUAGACAGGAUUAGAAUACACGUAUGUUGAGGACCAAAUGGCCUCACCCAAGAAGGUUUCCGGUCCUUGUUUAAUAAAAUUAAUCAGAAAGGGGUAAUAGACAGACACACGCUUAUCAUGAAAUAUGCAUGUUUAUGCUACUUACAGCUCUCAUUAUAUUUAUAUAUUCGGCUUGCCGACAGGUUUUGAACAGCAGAAGAUGAAGGCUGCAUUUGAGUGGUAUUCCAUACGCAAUGUCCCAUUAUGAGUUGCAGUGCAUUGUAUCCGGUUGAAUAGCACGUAACAAACUUUGAUUAGCUUGACAUCGUUCUUGGAGGUCAAGCAUCGUUUAAUAUGACCGAGUUCUUUUGGAGUUCGUUGAAUUCAGCAGUUAGCAUAAUGUACGGGUGUUCUUUAUUCAACAUAUUGUAAACCAUGGGAUAAUUUCUAUACUUCAUUGGACAAUCCUGAUGCAGUUGUGGGCUCAGGUGGGACGAUAUGACCUCCGCUGUCAUGGUAUAAUACCCUGACUGGACUCGUGCAUUUGUGGUACGCCGCAAACACCCUUUUUUAAACAUAGGAUUGUAACCUGUGUCCAAUUAAUAAUUCCAAAAGCAGUCAAGAAGGUAAAACAUUUCAGGGUAUUCUACUUUCAAAAAAACGCUCGCGUAAAAUGAGAAAAACAUAUUUACCGUAUCAAUUUCCAGCUUGGAGUAUCUAAAGCUUGAGGUACUUAUGAAGUAAUUGACGACUGGACUAUAAUAAGGACGUAAGCAAUUCAUCGAAAAUCGAAAGUUUGUUGAAGGCAAAUGACAUGCUCGUUAAGUUUUCUCAAGAUUGUUUUCUAUUAAUGUUUAUUUUCUACAAAAUACUACAAUAAAAUUGCCUGUUUUAAACAUGUUGAAAACAAAAGCCUCAGUAUGUUUUCUAUAUCACCUGCAGCUAAGCUGGUGAAAGUGACGAGAGCAGCGAGCGCUAUUGUUAAGAGCUGAUUUCUUUAUAUUUAGCAAAUCUGUGAUGUAGGUGACCUCGCAAAUAGCUUACUAAGGAGUGUAAAGAAGUCUUGGCGGCCGAGGAUGCCUAAAAAUAGUUAUUUUUCCGUUAACUGACGCAGCUUUGUUUUAGUUAGAAGAUCAUUAUAUGCUUUGGGAUUACUUAUUCUGUCGAAAUCCAUGAGCAUGAUGCCAGUAUUAAAACCCUGCUUACGAGGUAAACUCGCGUCCGUCUUAGCGUGAUCUAAUCUGUACAAAGAGAAUUCAGAUUCACGAUGCGGCUGUAGACCAUGCCUGCCACAUAAAAACAAGUGAAAUAAUCGAUCAAAAUAUUACUACUGGUAGUAAUAGUUUGUUACAUGCGCCAACGCUACUGUACUGUAGAACCGUAGAACUUCUUUAUCAAACAACAAACUUUUAAGCAUUUGCUGUAGUGCACAGUAACUAAAAUUAGAAGGAAGCUAAGGAAGGGUAAGUUAAACUAAACAGGCUGACUGUAUGAGAUCUGCACAGACAUACCGUGUAUAGGUUACGUUGUAUACUACAUGUUAAGCAUGUUGAAUAAAAUUAAUGGACGAAAUAGCUUUC